AAACUGGAUCUUCAAGAGUCAAGAGCACAAAUCCUUUUAGGGUAUUUACUACCUCACUGAGGUCUAUCGAUUCAUGUACAAAUCAUUGGAAUCGGAAGGGGACACCUGUGACGGUUCCCUCGUAAGUCACGUGACCAGGGACGGUGCUAGAACGUCUGCCUUUCACCUAUGCUAGAAAAUAUCAGUAAAAGAAAAAUCAAAGAGCAAUACGGUAGAGAAAAGGAGUCAUACUAGCUUGAAUGUUCAAAUGAAUUUCGUAUGAGAUCCUAUCAAUUUCUGCAAGUUCAUACCGUUUCUUAAAAUGUUGUAAUAUAUUGUACCAUGCUCUUCGAUACUCUUGUAGUAAUGUUAUAAGAUCAUAUUUCAAGAAUUUUUCCACUGGGUGUAAAAGCUAUAUUAAAAAGAUUUAUUUUAGCUGUUGCACAAUACGCCAAGUGACGUAAUAAUAACUUCUAUUCCAAUAACACAACGUACAGUGCCAACUACAGUAGAAGAAAGGGAACAAUCAUCGUCAAUAAAACGAGAAAAACAAGUUGUUUUUGAAGUUAAAUCCAAUACUUAUAAACGAAAAGUAGAAGUAAAAACAAAACAAGAAGAUAAAAUCUUGAAAAAACCCGCAGCUUCGAUUUCUGUAGCUGUUUUACCAGCAGUAAAUAAUGUUGUUUUACAAAGUCCUUCAACGUCAACAUAUACCCACGAACAUAGACGAUCUUCAUUCUCAAACAGCUCGGCACAAAGUUACAAAGUUAGUAUUAGUUCAUUUGAUUCGUUUACAAGACCCCGUACAAUAUCAAACGCAAGCGAUGAUAAAACGAAUGAUACGUAUGCUUCGAUGCUCGAAAAUCUAAAAGAAGAUAGUUAUGAUGAUUUUACAACUGCGCCUGAUACAAGUGUGGACUAUUAUGAUUUGCGACGAGAUGAAAAGUUUAAUAAACGUCCGUUACUCGAACUUAUCUCAGAACUGCAUAAACAUCACAUUCCACAAAAAACGAUAUCAAAUGAAAAGCAGGAACAAGAGCAGUUGAAAUUAAGCCAAGAGAGUUUGCUGCUGUCGCCACCUGAAUUUCAUACGGCUGUUUCAUCCACAGCUGCAUCGUCAUCAGCACGACCUUUAUCGCCAACAAUCGUUCCACCGAAACAAUUCAGCCCAUUUAGACCAGUUAUUAUUCACAGAAAAUAUCAGUCUCCAAUUGGUCGAUUUGAGUUUGUUGAUGGCAGCGAGAAUAUCAGUGCUGAUAGUGGUGGCGUCCGAAGAAAUAGUCGCACGGGCGUAUCUGUUAUUCGAAGUCAUACGUUUAAUUCAAACCAUACUGCUCCCACAAAAGAUUUAAGUGUAGAAUCUACGGAUUCCAUGCAAAUAACAAACGAUGCGGAUCGUAUACAUCAUAUAUCAACACCAGAAUUAUUUACAACGUUACCAACAAUCAGUAGACAAGAUAUAGCACCACACGAACACGAGAGAACAACGGAAGAUAAAAAUGAAGCUAAACGUAAAGCAAUUGUGAUGCAAAUGUAUGAUACAGAAAAAUCGUAUGUUGAAGCAUUGAAAAUUCUUGUCACAAAAUAUUAUUUACCAAUGAAAGAUCGAACAAUUAUAAGCAAUGAUUUAGUUAAUGAUAUUUUUUACAAAAUUCCAGAAAUUCAUAUGCAUCAUACAGCAUUUUUUAUAUCAUUAACGCAAAAAUUAGCAUUAUGGGAUAAUAAACAAACCAUCGGUGAUCUCCUACUACAGACGUUUGCUAAACAAUCUGUCAUUGAAACAUAUACCAGUUUUGUUACUAAUUACAAAACAGCACAAGAAGCAAUUCGACUAUGUCGAGACUCUUCAUCAUUCAAUAAAUUUCUUGAACAACAAGCAAAAGAACAUCGAGGAAAACUGGCAUUAAGAGAUUUAAUAAUUCAACCUGUCCAACGUAUUCCACGCUAUGAGCUUUAUACCAAAGAUUUUUUAAAAUGUACAAAUUUAAAUCAUCCCGAUUAUCAAUUACUAUUAAAAGCUCAAAAUGAUAUCCACACACUGGCCGAAGAAAUUGAUCAAGUUCAACGGGAAGUGGGUGGUAGCGGUAGUGGUAAUAUGACCAGUGGGGGACCCUUUAAUGAUAUUGGAAGUUCAUUAGAAUUAGUACAAGAUAUGAUUGAAAAUUUAACAGAUCUGGUACAUCCAGAUCGCUUUUAUAUUCGUCACGAUAUAGUUACACUUCAAUUAACAUCCGGCAUCAAGAAGGAUCGUUGUAUCUUCUUGUUCAAUGAUUUAAUCAUUGUGACGAGUUGUAAACGAAGAAGUGGAACCUUAUCGAAGAAAGGCGGAUCUGUUAUACUUAAUUCACCAUCUGGAAAACAAUAUAUUGAUAAUGUAAAACAUAAAUUAAUUAUGAAAAUACCGUUAGAAGAUGUUGACUUAGCAUCAGGACAACUGAAGAAAACUUCCGUUGCAACUGAUAAAAGUCAUUUAGUAGAAGAUGUUUCGGUACUGACACAUAUCACAGAAUUAGCAAAAACAAUUUCUGUUCCACAUCAGUUGGAUGAAUCAAUUAAAGAUACAAUGCAUACCGUUAAUAAACAUCUAGUGGAAGAAAAUGAAACGGAUUCGUCAAGUGAUCAUAAAUCUGUGAAUGUACAACUGACAAUAAAUACUAGCGAACGUAUUGAAACGAUCGACGUUUUAUUUUCUUCUUUUGAUCAAAAAUUAUCUUGGGAAAGAAGUUUUCUUGAAGCAAAAAAGGCUUUAUUUGAUGCUGCCGGUCGUAGAAAUGUUAUAUUUCAACACGUAUUAACAUUACCACAUAAUCGAGCUGGAAUGCAGUUUUCAUGUGCUGCUCCUCGACUAUCGAGUAAUGACGCGUUUCCAGAUGUUUGGGUUUGUAAUUCUGAUGGUCUCUCCAGCGAAGUGUGUUUGGUUAAUUUACAUCCAGAUUUUAAUUUGAAAGCUUGUAAUACUGUGUGUACGUCAAAAAUAACCUGUCUAGCAUUCAUCCCCGCUCAUAAUCCAAAAAGAAAUGUUGGCAGUGCAAAACGAAAACAUCAUCCACAUGUAAAACAUGAUCAACAUUCAACGAGCACAGAACAAACUCUAGGAGCAACACCAGAAUCGCUGCUUGAUAUUGAUUCUAGCGAUGAUGAAGAUACUUAUCAUGGUGAUACGUCUUCAAGUAAGUUGAUAUAUGAGAACUUGUUUGAGACAUGAGCAGUACCGCGCAAAAAUAUCACGAGGUGUCGUUCUAGUUAACUCGAUAUGGUCGAAUGUAUCGAUUAUCGCGAUAUAUUCUCUUGUCUCGAUGAAAAAUAUUCAUCGAUAGCAUCCUACAUACCUAUUCCUCCAUUUUACUAUUGCAAGAGAAGAAGUACGAAUAGCAGAACAAAACAAUCUAUUGUGAUAAAGUAUGAUUUAUCAAUCGUAAGACCAAAAUACAAAAUAUUGAGGAAUCGACUUAAUACUUUCUAUUUUAUCGCAUUUAAGAUAUCGAAAAGUCCUUUGUGAGAAGAAAUGUUUUGACUUUGUAUUAAAAUACUUGUUGUAAUUUUUCAGUCCAUACAGAUCGAUUCGAUUCCUUAA